AUGGAUCCAUCGGCCUCCCGGUUCGCCGAUCCGUUGAAGGACUACGGAUUUGAUCCUUCCAGUAUCGCGCAGGCUGCAGCUCACCGGGAGGUUGCCCUAGAUGAGACAUCCAUCGAAAUAUUAAACGGACUUGUCGGAUUGACUGGCAGUUUAAAUCUGUUUCCAGCUGACCCCUUUGAGGGUGUGUCUACUCCAGGAUCCUGCCGAAGCCGCCGCCUGGAUUGGCUGCGGGAUCUAGGCCCCAAUGCUGGCAAUUCGGAGUCAGAUGCAUACGAAGAUGUGUAUCCAGAGGAUCUCUUCGAAGGCGCAAGUUUGCAGAGCAAACUCGACGUUUUCAUGUUCGGACGCCACGAGUCACCAAAUGAAGACCCUACAUCGUAUGAUAGCUGGGAUAUCCCUGCCAUCCACCCCGUACGACCGUCGUUGAAGGCGCCGGGUGAUUCCGGUUUUGAGUUGAAUGCAAACUGGUACGAGCGUAUCCAGUGGGCUUAUCGCAGCGCGUUACCAAGACAAAAAUCGCAUAAUUCACUAAAUGUCCUUGGGAGCGACGCGGAACAUGAGUUGUUGCUUGAGUUGGGCAGAUUCAGCCGUGCUUCUUGCUACAAGGCGACGGCCUUGGUGCUGUCUAUUUUGCAGCACGGGUUGAACGUGUAUCUUCCUGGUUACAUCUCAGUGACCGAGGACACUUUGCCGCUGGUGAACAAAUUUUACCAGAAAAAAUUUGCCUGUGACAUGCAGUAUGUACACGACGGUGUAGUAUACACCGUUGUUGUAGGCCCUAUUGGUGCAGACAAUGCAGUUUCCUACACCGUCUCCAAGAAAUUGUAUUGCAAUGACCAGAAGGGCAAGCAGGCGUUGUGCGAGGCUCUGUACAGUCGUGGCACUCAUGGCGCUUUUGCAAUUCCAGUUCAGUGUAUCGUAGACUUCGCGGGUAUUAGGGUUGUGGCCGAACCUUUGGUGCCGCUGGAAGAUUCGCCACCCAUCGACCUGGCAUCUGAACUGCUUAGGGACUGCAGGGCACCGAUUGGAGUCCUGGCAACCGACAUUUCGUCAUGCCUACUAGCCUCGUCUGAGUUAUUCGAGUCAUUCAAGAACAUGUCGUCAUACCUGCACAUGUGUUCUUGGUCCAUACCAUUCGGUGCCUCUGACAUUUGUGGAGUAUCUCGCCAAGGUGAUGCGGAUUCAGGUGAACGGCGCUCUGAUGCCAGCAACGUACUAUGCGAUGGUGCAGUUGCCAAUGUGCAGCGUUGUGAUGGUGUUUUGCACUCCAGACAGACCCACGAAGUGCUGCCUCCCAUCUUGGAACAUAAUGCGACACCCGAUCCGCUCUAUUCAGCUCGUUUCCGCCCCGAGUUCUGCUUCGCCUACAACGGCAGCUUGAAAUGCACCUUGAAAUCCUCGUCGGUAUUUAGCGACAUGCAUUCGGGAGACAUCUUCCACGAAGCGUUUAAGCAUUUGCUCGUUGUUCUAGAGGACUCUGUUGGCCGCUGCAAUGGUCUGCUCGACUCCUGGGACCUACGCCAGGUGUUCGCUUCGCUUGGCAUAAACAUGCGCUUCCUGGGCAUGGCAUACGAGCGCGCCGUGUACAUUGGAUUGAAAAACCUUUUGGCUGCCGACAUGGUGGCGCGUGCCGUGAAGCACCUGUGGAACACCCAGUUGGAGGAUUUCUUCAACGGCAACAUGAUCGGUUGCGACGCCCUAAUGCGACGCAUGCUAAAGUUGGUGAACAACGUCUUCGGGUUGUACGCUGAAUCUGCGGAAUUUUGGUCGCAGCGAGUGAUCCCUGAGGUAGCUCGUCACUUCAACCUGGUGAAGUUGGAGGGCAUAUCGUACAGGGUGUUGCCACAUUUACUGCUGAAGAGCGCGCUCGAGUACCACUUGUGCAUCCUUCUCCCGUUUCCUAGUGAGGGCCACAGUUAUCGCAGUCCCAUAACGGCCUCCGAUUUCCGUUCAGUGGACAUGCCGCCCAUUCUUGGACAGCACAGGGCACCGCAUGAAGUACCGGACGUGCACGUUUCGGACAUGUCGUACAACAAUGUGCUGGAUGCGUUUUUCCCCAGGGUCAGCGUGGUGUAUCCGCAACGUGAGCUGUCGUUAACGAAGGUUGCAUCCCGUCUAUGCGGCAAGAACGGAGACAAUGUGCUGGCUGAUUUAGUGCUCGCCACCAGUUCAUGGCAAAAUGGAUUGUGUAGGCAGAUCGAGUCGAGAACGAUCGGAGUGGGCUACCCGUGCGACCCGGCAUGCGUUUACAGUUCACGCAUGUCGUGUGUCAACUAUCACCAACCUGUUACGGGCGUCAACCUAUUCUGUUUGUCACAAUGCCUCUUACAAGUGGACCCUCUGAAGAGAUCGAAACUUCUGCUCCUCAUGGGAUACGAGUACCUGCGCCAUCGGUACAUUGAUGCUGCAUUGGAAUGCGCAAAUUACGUGGCACGUCAUUCGCCUGCUUUGUGUUUUAAGCGACUGGAAGCACAACUGUUGGUGCUGCAGUGUCACUGUCUUAAGGCAAAUGAACCUAUGAGCACUGAUCUUUUCGAGUCGCUGAGAGACGAGAUAUCGGGUAUAGAGAGCUGCCAGGGUCUCCUGUCGCUGCAAGUUUUCCUGUUUAUGGCCAUUGCAGCGUGGAUCAGAAACGAUUACGAGUCGUGCGCACUGUACGCAGCUCGUGCACGUGCCGCUACUUUGGGUAUUUCGGGCAUCGCGGAGUACACGUGGCUGCCGGUGGCCGUGGUGUCAUUGCUUGGGCACUGCCAAAAUGCGCUUGGAAACGGUAUAGCCGCAAUUAAAACGCAGAGGGAGGUUGUGAGGCUCUGCAACGUCUCUCAGUUGCCGCGUUUCACUCUCUGCAACCAGACAUGGUUAUUCGUUGAGUACCUGCUGCGCAACGACUCUCACGAAGAGGGAUGCUCUCUCUCCAUGGAGUGCAUUCCCAUUUUGGAGGCAGAGUUCGGCUCGUUAUCCGUUGAGUGUCUCCGUGGAUUAUACGUGUCUGCGUGGUCGAACCAUCAGGUAGGGUGCGGACACUUGCUGCACCCGUUGCUAUACCUGUCAAGCUCAGACCGCGUCAUUGACGCUAAUGCCAGUUUGGGUGGGAUACGUGGUUCAUUGCUGCUGGAGGAGUUCUCGCUCGCCGAGAUUUGCGAUCUGCGCCGUACGCACUGCGCCAACGCCUUGGGGCUAUACAAGUCGCUAUAUGAGCGAUUAUGUAUGAUAAUAGCACGUAACCGUGUAGACAUCUUGGACUACAUGCGCACCGUAUAUCCCAAGGCUGACCUAAGGCCAGUGGAAUCCUUACAUCGGCUUACCCGCGGCCGGCUUGAGUCCGCUAUGGAAGAUGUACCCGUUUCCGACGACGAGCUGCUGAAUGGCAUGGCCGCAGAUUGCGAGAAGUUCUACGAAAAGCUGCUACUCGUAAUUCGUAACGUGCUGACUUUGAGGCUGCUUUCGCUUAGCAGUGCGGAGUCUAUGGCCGUCGCGCAGCGCCUGUACAACGCCUACGUGAGCCAGGUGUCUGAUGAUUACAUUGCGCAAAUGUGCCUACGUAGCGAUGGUGAUGGAAAUGCAGCGGAGGGGUUGUCAAGGCUGGACAGCACCCUUGUUGGGGGACUAUCCGGCCGUUCGGGGGGUGCCAAUGGUGUGGUAUCGCAUGCGUUGUCGAUGUACGGCAACAGCCUCGACCGCCAACCGGAGAAGUUCAACGCCUCAGUAUCGAUCAAGCAGAACAGCGUGCCACACAGGGGCCACGAGCUACGUUCCAUAGAAGAGUUGCUGCUGAUGGCACCAUCGAUAUCAGUGGCCGAGUUGUGCGAGACUUGCAGACUGGCGUUGCAUGGCAGCUCUGAUUCCCCGUCCGAGUGGUUUGACAAACUGUUCGAUAUCGGGCCGUCACCAUCCCGUCCUUCAGAGCGAUCUUUACCGCUAUUUUUAGACGUGCUUCGGCAUUUUUUGACACCCAGCAAGCGCCUUAUCAUUCUGGGCCAUGUCGCAAGCCUCAACGGCGUAGAAGUCGACAGCACCGUCACAUUCGCUGAGUUGAACAAUGCGCUCGAGGCUGUCCUCGGCCGUCACCGCUCAUAG